AUGGCCCCUCCUCCGGGCAAGAGGGCACCAGAGCCCCGCCGUGAGCGCACACCAUGGCUGUGGCUCGUCCCCCUCCUCACCAUUGUCCCCUUCCUUUGUUCGAAGCUGCACUACUCCCUCCCCGAGCCUCUUCCUCCUUAUGAUGCCAACGGCCGUACCCAGCCCAGUGAGGAGAUUGUCCUCAAGCACAUUCAGGCGCUCGAGGACAUUGGCUACCGUACUGUCGGCACAUACGAAGCCGUCCUCGGCGAGAAGUAUGUCGAGGCUGAGGCCCGCGCUCUCAAGGAACGCUGCGAUGCUGGCGGCGUCCUCGACUGCGAGGUCUGGGUGCAGACGGGUGCUGGCUAUCACAUGUUCUCGAUCAUGAGCCACGACGUCCUUAAGCUGUACUCCGGUAUCACCAACGUCGUUCUCAAGAUCUCGGCCAAGAACCCCCCUUCAGGCAAGGCUCCUGGCAAGGACUCGGUCCUCCUCGGUUCGCACAUUGAUUCUACGCUUCCAUCUCCCGGUGCCGCCGAUGACGGCAUGGGUGUCGGCGUCAUGCUGGACAUUGCCCGCGUUCUCAUUGAGCGUAACGAACCCUUCGACAACUCGGUCAUCUUCAUGUGGAACGGUGGCGAGGAGACUCUUCAGGACGGCUCGCACCUGUACUCCACCCAACAUGAGAGCGCCAACACUGUCAAGGCCGUCAUUAACCUCGAGGCUGCUGGCACGACUGGCGGCGCUCUGCUCUUCCAGGCCACGUCUCGUGAGAUGAUUGAGGCAUUUUGGCACGCUCCUUACCCCCGAGGAACGGUUAUCGCCAACGACGUCUUCUCCUCUGGCAUUAUUCUCUCAGACACCGACUUUGGCCAGUUUGAAGAAUACCUCGAGGGUGUCUCCGGCCUCGACAUGGCCAUUGUUGGCCACAGCUACUACUACCACACGCGCAAGGACAUUACUGCCAACAUUGAGCGUGGCUCGUCGCAGCACUUCACCACCAAUGUGAUGGCCAUUCUCGAUUAUCUGCUGUCCGCCGAGUCGCCACUCCACAACGACAAGCCCUGGUCGCCCCCCGAUGUCGUCUACAUGUCGCUGUACGAUCGGAUCUUCCUUCACUGGACAAUGGAGACAGCGGACAAGGCCUACGCCGUCGUCGCAGCCAUUGCCGCCAUCUUUGCUAUUGCCAACCUGUCGGGCCACGGUAUCAAGGCCUUCACUGUUGCCCUCGUUGGCGCUCCCCUUGGUAUCGUCUUCGGUCUUGUCUCUGCCAAUGUUAUCGCCGGCGUGAUGAUGCUCAUUGACCGCCAGAUGGGAUGGUUCUCGCACGAGGGUCUUUGCGUGGCACUCUAUGGCCCCGCCGCCAUCUUUGGCCACCUCGGUACCCAAUAUGUCCUCGGCAGCCUCCUCUCACCUGUCAACCGCUCAGGUCUGGAGCGUGCGCACUACUACGCUCAGAUCCUCUUCCUGUGCGGCACUUCGCUCCUCUUGCAGUCGUUCCGCAUUCGCUCGGCCUACGUGUUUGCCGUGCUUGCCGGUGUCAUGAUGAUUGGCGCCGUCUUCCACCAGGUGCGCAGGAUUGUCUGGGAGCGCAACAGCAUGCCGUUCGUCAUGGCCUACGUCUGCCCUUUGGUCCUCUUCAUCGGCUUUGGUAUCGAGGCCUACACCACCACCCUUGACAUCUUCGUCCCCCUCACGGGUCGCAUGGGCAAGGACGCUCCUCACGAGAUUCUCAUUGCCAGCAUCACGGCCAUUUGCACGCUCACCUUCUUCCCUAUCAUGGUGCCCCUUUUCGCUCGCGCCUCGCGCCCCGGCCAGCGCGGUACGCUCGCCGGCCUUGCUGUCGCCUUCAUCUCGGUCGUGGUCCUGUUCGCUGGUCCUUGGUGGUCGCCGUACGACGCUACCCACCAGAAGCGCGUGGCUGUCCAGUACACUUACAACCACACUACGGGCACCCCGACCGCUCACUUGGCCUUUAUGGACCUUCCCGGUAACGAAAAGCUCGUCAACGAGAUUCAUGCCCGCUACGGCCAAGGAACCGAACUCGUGCCCACCGUUCUUGACGACUACAACUCGGACUGGGACACGCUCUACCCCGUCUCUUCCUUCCUGAUCACAUACAAGUGGCCCCUGGAGCCUGUCGAGUUUGAAUGGCCGGGCAUCAAGCACAAGGUCACCCGCACCCAGGUCGCCAACGGCACCCGCAUCCACCUCUCGCUCGAGCACGCCGGUCUCGCGUGGCCCAGCUUUGCGUUUGUGGCCGAGAUUUCCGACUGGAAGUUUGGCAUCCCUCCACCGGCGGGCAAGAAGAGGCACCACAUCAAGUCGGCCACCUCGGUGGACGAGCACGAGCUCGAGCUCGAGUUUACCGUCUCGGACCUCAAGGAAGGCGAGAAACUCAACAUCCACUGGAGUGCCAUUGACAUCAACCAGAUGGUCCCCGGUACUGCAUCGCGCCGCGGCCCUGACAUGCCCGCCUCCAAGUGGCUGAUGGACAUGGACGCGUGGGCCACGGAGGAGUACAACGACUCGCUUGAGAUCUUCAUGGCUGGUAUCGUCGUGGGCGUCAUUGAGGCAUAG